GUGUGUGUGUGUUUGUUCUUAUAUUUGAUGUGAUAUGUCAGCAGUGCUUUCUGUAUCUCUGACAGUUUGAGGUAGUCAACACUGGCAGCUGCCUGCUGGCAUUCCUGGAUUGGAAUAACACCAGAGAGCAGGACCAUGGAUGAAACUGACCGUACCAGGGAGCCGCUGAUCAGUAGGGAGGACCACACCAGGGAGACAGACCACACCAACAGGGAUCCAAACCAAAUUAACGAGGAUUUGAUCAAGAUCAACUUUGAAGAUGUGAUCGCAGAGCCUGCUGGCAUACACAGUCUGGAUUGUGUAUGGAAAUGCAGCCGCGACACCUUCACAGUGUCAAAGUGCUGGUUUUAUCGCAUCCUCACAGCCAUCCUCGGAAUCCCUUUGUCACUGCUCUGGGGUCUGCUCUUUGCUUGUAUGUCAUUCUGCCGCAUUUGGGCAAUUGUGCCCUGCAUGAAGACCUGUGCGAUUCAGUUCCACUGUCUGUGGAAACCCUACUUGCUGAUCUUACGCUUCUUGGUUCAACCAGUCUUCGAUGCAAUGGGAAAGAUAUUCAGAGGCGCUAAAGGGGUUUUACGCAAGGAGGCGUAAGCUCUGUACUGCUGAAUUAUUCA